AUGCCUCCUUUCAUUACCCUCGAAGAGCACUACGCCUCGCCGAAAGUCCGCGAAGCGAGCUCAGAGGCCCGUGAACAUUACGCAUACUUCCCGCCUGCUAUAAUGUCCAAGUUAGAGUCACUCGGGGAGGAACGUAUCCAAGAUCUCGAUAAAGGGAAUGUCUCUCUCCAAGUCAUUUCCCACGGUCCGGGCAAUUUAUCGCCACCUCUCUGCUCCGAAGUAAACAAUGACCUGGCAUCCGCCAUUGCCAGAAAUGCCACUCGACUAGCGGGAUUCGCCAUGCUCCCGAUGAGCGAGCCAGCUGCUGCCGUGGCCGAACUCGAGCGCUGUGUGACAGAACUGGGCUUCGUUGGAGCCUUGGUGGAUAAUCACCUGGACGGGCAAUUUUACGACGAUGAACGUUUCUGGCCCAUUUUCGAGAAAGCGCAACAGUUAGACGUUCCGAUCUAUAUCCACCCUACGUUUGCAUCCGACUCCAUGAUGGAACAUUAUAAAGGAAACUACAGUGACUCUGUGGCGCUGGCGUUGAGCGCCUUCGGCUGGGCCUGGCACGCCGAGACCGGACAUCAUAUCCUCAGGUUAUUCGCCAGCGGGCUCUUCGAUCGCUUCCCAAGACUGAAGAUCGUGAUCGGACACAUGGGUGAGUUGCUCCCCUUCCAAUUGGACCGCGUCUUUGCUAUCUCGGACCGAUGGGGCAGAGAGAGAAGUUUUCGGGAGGUCUGGAGGAAUAAUAUCUGGAUCACGACUAGUGGCAUGUUUUCGUUGACGCCGCUUGCUUGUCUUCUGCAAACGACUUCGAUCGAUCAUGUGUUGUAUAGCGUUGAUUAUCCUUUUUCACCGAAUGAGAAAGGAUGGCAGUUCUUUGAGGAGAUUGAGAAGAGUGGCUUGAUCACCGGGAGAGAUCUGGAGCUAUUUGCCUAUCAAAAUGCAGAGGCAUUACUCCGUGUCAGGGCGGUAAACGUGUGA